AUGUACCGGAGUCACGGGGGCGCUUUCGCAUUCUUCCGCGACCCCGGCGCUAAUUGGCGUGCGCGAGUAGGAUCAUCAUGGGCCAACAGUGGCGGAACAGUUUAAACUUCGGCUUCUCUCAUCGUUCACCCCAACUACAACUCUCGAACUUUCGACAACGACGUCGCAAUCCUUAGAACUGCAGCAACGAUUACCUACAUACCUAAUGCAGAACAGACUGCCAGCAUCGCUGGAAGUUAUUACAACCUUGCUGACGAUCGAACAGUCUUUGCUAUCGGAUGGGGCUCUAAAUACGUUGGUGGAAGCGGAUGUGAACAACUUCGUCAUGUACAAAUUUGGAUCGUAAACGAAGCUACCUGCAGAUCUCGUUACUCCGAAAUUGCUUUAAGUGUCACCGAUAACAUGUUGUGCUCUGGUUGGAUGAAUGUUGGUGGUCGUGAUCAAGGCCAGGGUGACGCUGGAAGUCCUGUGAUUCAUAACAACAUCAUCGUGGGAAUGUGCUCUUGGGGCAACCAAAGCGCUUUGUCUCGCUACCCUGUUGUUAACACACGAGUCUCUCGCGUUUCCGCCUGGAUUGUUGCUAACGCUUAAUCCAGUGUGUGAAUUUACUUCUGUUGUGUAUUAAAUACCCAGAAAAAAGUCUUAUUAUUGUUUCGAGUUCUUAGGUUUU